CGUGAAGAGUCAUAUUUCAGUCUUCUCUGGGUUAACAUUGAGACCUCUGGGGGUAGCCCAGUCUUCAAGGAUGCAAUUGACGACACUAAUGAAACUAUUGUAGUUUCCACCUACAAAUAAAAUAUGACUGAGGAGAAAAUUGUGUUAACAUUGUUAAAUGGCACUGGUUAUGUCUUUGAAGUAGAAGAUUAUAUGAAAUUAAGAAGGGAUCACCAUGUUGUCGGAGCUUUGGUGGGGACAUGUGCGACAAGAGGGUGGUCUGCAAAUGAUAGCGCUAUGCCUGUGGAAUUGACCAUUUGGGAAACUCGUUUAUUGCUCGAAAAGAAUUUGGCGAUAUUAGUAUCCAAAAAAGAUAACUUACUAGGAGAAGAGAAUGAGCAAGAACUAAUGGAACGCCAGGAACGCUUCGAACAACGCAUCAACAAUCAAGAAGAAUCUUUAAAAGACGAAAAACUAAAAGAGUCUGAACGCAAUAUAGACAAAAUUGUAGCGGGGAAACGAAAAAAACUACUGAAGCAGGGCGUAAAAGAAGAAGAUAUUACAUUAGACCCAAAAGAAAUUUUGGGAGAAAUUCGAAAAAGUUUAAAAUUUGAUCGCAAAAAUGCUUUGCUAGAUAUUCCCUGUGCACAUCCAGAAAUGCAUGAUGCUUUCAAAGUUAAUUUUGAACAAUCUGAUACCUCCCUAAAAUAUUUGGUUUUCCGUGACUUGUGGUCACGAGGAAAAUUUGUAACAUGUGGUGAUGCUUUUGGUGCUGAUUUUCUUAUUUAUCCUGGUGAUCCCUUACAAUAUCAUGCUUCUCAUGUCGUUAUCCUACUAGAAAAUGCAAAAAUUAAGGCUUUGGAUUUAGUGGCCAAUGUACGUCUAUCGGUGAUGGUCAAUAAAUUAUGUCUUAUGGCAUACUUUGUAAACGACGAAGAAUGUGGUGAGGCUGGGCAACGUAAAAUUGCAUAUCAUACUAUAACUUGGGAAGGCGAUAAGGAUAAAGAAAGAAGAACAGCAACAAUGUCUAGCAACCAAACUUGAGCGGAUUUCAAAUAAAUGUAAAAAGAAUUUAGUAUGUGAUUUCUCCAAAAUA